GGGGAGGCAACGUUUCCUUUAAGCCGGAGGUGGCCCAAGUUGCCCACGGGGGUGUUGGCAGUUCUCCUCUCUCUCUCUGGCGGGGGUGCUGCACUUGAACUUGCAAGAUGAAUCCUAUACAGGAAGGACGGGUUGUGAUUGUUGGCAGUGGACUCAUUGGAUGCAGCUGGGCCAUGGUUUUUGUGUCUGGUGGUUUCCAAGUAACACUUUAUGAUAUUGUGCAAGAACAAGUAACAAAAGCCCUGGAAAAAAUUGGUGAACAGUUGAAAGAACUGGAAAAGAUAGGAAUGCUGAAAGGUUCACUGAAGGCUGACGAGCAGCUGUCUCUCAUUAAAGGUUGCACAGAUUUAAAAGUAGCAGUAGAGGGCGCUGUUUAUGUUCAGGAAUGUACACCUGAGAACCUAGAACUGAAGAAGAAGAUUUUUGGCCAGUUAGAUCUUAUUGCCAGCAAUGAUGUGAUUCUAAGCAGUUCGACCUCCUGUCUUUUGCCUACAAAAUUGUUCACUGGACUGAAACAUGUCAAACAAUGUAUAGUGGCACAUCCUGUAAAUCCACCAUACUAUGUACCUCUGGUUGAACUGGUACCCCACCCAGAAACAGAUCCUUCUACGUUGGAUAAAACCUAUGCUCUGAUGAAGAAGAUUGGACAAACACCCGUUAAACUGACGAAAGAGAUUGAUGGAUUUGUGUUGAACCGACUUCAGUAUGCAAUUAUUAGUGAAGCAUGGAGACUUGUUGGUGAAGGAAUAAUAUCUCCUGUUGAUCUAGACCUUGUGAUGUCUGAUGGCUUGGGAAUGCGGUACGCUUUUAUAGGGCCCCUGGAAACAAUGCAUCUGAAUGCAGAAGGAAUGCUGAACUAUUGUGACAGAUAUCGUGAAGGCAUGAUACGUGUCUUGAAAAGCUUUGGGCCAAUACCAGAUUUUGCAGGAGCAACAGAACAAAAGAUUAAUCAGGCAAUGUGUAAAGAAACCCCAGCUGACCCAGAGCAUCUAAAUGCCAGGAGACACUGGCGAGAUGAUUGUCUUGUGCGUCUGGCCAAGCUGAAAAAGGAAAUCAAGUCUGAUGGCAUGUGAAUUAUCUUUUAAGUUAAAAGGCAGUGGCCAUCAGGAUGGCUUUCAGGUGGAUGCAUUCUUUCUUUAGGCAAAUGUUAAAUUGUGAGAGACAUGAUUACAAAUGCAAUAAGUCUUGUUGAUCUGCAUAGACAUAGUCAAUUAAUUAAGGCUCAGAUAUUUUGCUCUACAUAUCAUCAGAAAGUAGUUCACAUAGGAUGUUUAAAGGCAUAAUAUUAAAUUACUUGGACACAUACAUGGAUUUCUUGAGGAAUAUAGAUAGAGAUAAUACAGUAUGUGAUUUCAAAUUCUGCUUCAGUGCCUUGAACAAUUGGUUUCAAAAUAUAAUAAGUUUUUUUAUAAAGUGUCCUAUGGUUCAUAGGAUGAAACUGGAUACUUCAUAGACCUACUAUCCAAGCAGCCCUGAGUAGAAGUAAUUUCACUAAGUUAAGUCCUUGGACACAGCUACCUGUCAACAUCAUCUUAACAAGUUAACAGAGACCAAUGAUAUUUAUUUCAAAUUAAGCUUUGUGUGGGUUUCCUUUGUCAUUCAUUUAGGCUACACAAUUUCUGUAUUUACAGAGAAACAAGCUAAGGCCAGGAAAGAAAGAUGGCUGUUCCUUGUGGACUGAGUUCUGGCAAGUCAUCCGAGGGACACAUCAGCCAAUUUUCCCAAUGGUCCCUUCUCACCUUUCUGUAUACACCCAAGGAAAUAAAUACUGCUUAG